AUGCCCACUCCUGCUGAAAUUAUCGCUGCUCGUUUAAACAACCAGUCAGAAGAAGUUGAGCAAGAAGAGGUUGAGGGUAUUGUUGCACCUGAGCCAAAGUCCAGAAGUAACACACCAUCGAUUAAUGACGAUUCUGCAUUCCCUGCAUUGGGAUCAAAAAUGGGUUCUGGUGUUCAACAAUCAGGCGCCACUUCAUGGGGCCCAAAAAUGAAAGCACCUCCAACAGCAGUACCGGUUGCAUCUAAUACUCCCAAGACUUCUAAGAAUGGUAAUGGUUUUGCUGUCAAGCCAAAAAUCUCCACUAUCCAAGAAGCUUUCUCUUUGGAUGUCGAAGAUCAAUUGAACGUCGCCCGUCCCGAAUUUAUCAAAAUUUUGACCUAUGUUAUGCAAGAAACGAAAACUAACGUUGAAUGUACCACUUCUCAACAUACAAAAAAGAGAACGUUUUUGAUAAGUGGUAAGCCAGAUGAUGUUAAACUUGCCAAGCGUUUGGUUGUCAAGAAGUUGACUAAACCAGUUCAAAUCAACUUUAAUGUACCAGCCAAAUUGAGAUCUAGAAUCAUUGGUCAAGGUGGCAGAACUUUGAAGCCAAUCAUUCAAGCAAAUGAAGUUAGAAUUGAGAUUGGCGAUAAGGAAGAAUCAUACAAUUCAGGUGAUGCUAGUGAUGAUGAGGACGACUUGUUUGCUACAACGGUCGUGAUCAGCAUCGAUGGUGACGUCGAAGGUGCCAAAGCAGCAAAGAGCGAAAUUUUGGCCAUUGUUAGAGAAGAAACCAAAAACUUGACCGUCAAGGUUCCAUUGAAUGAAAAUGUGAAACCAUUUGCGGAAAAAGAAUUACAAAGCAUUGUUGAUCAAAAUAAUGAAUUGGACUUUUCUAUACCCACUUUCAAAUCAGGCUCAAACUCCAUUGUGAUCCACGGGGAGCGUGAAUUGGCAUUAGAGGCUAGAGCUAAUGUGAAGGCAGCUUUAGAGAAGUUGUCUCAAAAGAUUGUCACUGAAGAAGUCCCCAUUCCUAGAACCAAGUAUCAAUUUUUGCCAAUUGAUGAAGUCUUGUCCAAGUGCAAUGUUUUGAUUCAAUUACCAAAAGACGGCGAGACGAAUGUUAAAUUCAUUGGCGAGAAGAAAAAUAUCAAGUUGGCUCAAGAAGAGGCAAGGAAAGUCACUUCACAGUACAAGGUUGAAAUAUUGGACAUGUCAAAGGCCCACAAGGGAAAUUUGAGACAUGUUAGUGCUGUUGCCGCGUACUUGAAUAAAAUUGGUGCUUUCAAAACCAUUGCUGAAGCCAAUGAUGUUGUGAUCAAUGCUCCUAAAAUCAAGGAAUUGAACGACGAAUCUGUCACUUCAAUUCCAAUUCAAAUUGUGUCAAAAGGUGGAGAUGAACAAAUCAAAGCUGCAAAGAAAUCUAUUGUUAGUCAAGUCAAUAAGAUCACUCCCGACCAAACCAAAGUUAUUGAUGAUAUCGAAUCGUUUUUGUUAAACAGGGUUGAUGGAGUCAUUGGUGCUCUCGCCCAGAAAGAGAAAGUUGAAUAUGUCAUUUUGCAAAAUGUCAUUGUCUUGUUCAAUUCUCAAAACCAACAAGAAGAAGAGGCAGAGGACUUUGACGAUAUUGAUUCCAGUGGUGAUGACGCUUUUGCUAAGAUUAAUUCUGCUUUAAAUACUUUGAGAGAAUUGGCUGCUAAUUUAUCAAGCGCUACUUUGGAGGUGCCCACCAAAGAUCAAAAAGAAGUUGUUUCAGGUCCAAAGGGUGUGACAUUAAGGUCUAUUUUAUCUACUGUUGAACCUGAUACUGUCUCUGUUAAAUUGCACAGCAAUGGAACUUCUUUGUCUGAGAAUGAAAUCUACAUUCAUGGUAUUAAAUCGUCUGUUGCAACUAUCAAGAAGGAGAUUGAAUCUGUAUUGGCUGAUGCAAAGGAGUACCCAGAUGGUUUCACAAGCGAAGUUCGUGUACCAUCACAAAUCUUGUCUAGAUUGGUUGGUAAGAACGGAUCAUUUUUGAAUACCCUUCGUGAUGAGUUUGGGGUUAGGAUUGAUGUACCAGAACAAGAUGCAAAGAAAGAUGAUUCUGAGAAAGCAGAGGUCACUAUUAAAGGUGUCAAGAAAAAUGUUGAGGCAGCCAGGGCCAAAAUUUCUGCGUUGGCAAAGAAGUGGGCUGAUGAAACAUUGGUUAGAGUUAGAAUUGAAAACCAAUACCACCGUAGAAUGAUUGGAGCCCAGGGUGUGUUUAUCAACCGUUUGCAAGACAAAUACAAUGUCAAGAUUAGAUUCCCCGCCGCUGAUGCUUCAUCUCCAUCCCCAUUUGCCGAUGCACCCAAGUCAAAAGAUGAGGUUACAAUCAAAGGUCCGUCAAAGGGUGUUGCUAAAGCAGAGGAAGAGUUGCAAGAAUUGUACCAGUUUGAAAAAGAAAAUGGGUUCAAAAAGUUGUUGCAAAUUCCUUCAAAAGCAGUUGCCAGAAUUAUUGGUAAAAACGGAGAAACCAUUAAAGACAUUGCUGAUGGUACUGGCGUUGAAUACAACUUUAAACGUGAAAACGACGAGUCUAGUGGAUUUGUUGAAUUGGAGUUGACUGGUUCCAAAGCAGCUUUAAAAGAUGCAACAACCAAGAUUCAAGAAAUCAUUGAUGAGGUUGAAAACUUUGUUGUGCGUACAAUCAAAGUUGAUACCAAGUACCACCGUGAUUUGGUUGGUCCUUCCGGAUCAGUUAUGAAGCAAAUUAUCAGCUCAGCAGGUGGGGAUGAUUUACCAAGAGGAAAGUACCAUCGUUUGUUGACCAUUCCAAAUGAAGGUUCUGGUUCUGAUGAGGUUGUGUCACAAGGUGACAAGACAAUCGUCGACAAGAUUAUUAGUGCAAUUGAGAAAAUUGUUGAAGAGAAAGAAGCGUCUAUUGUUGAGGAGAUCGAUUUACCCAAGGAAAAACACAGAUUGAUUAUUGGACCAAGUGGCUCAAUUCGUCAUUCAUUGCAGUCAGAUUUCGGCGUCACCAUUGAAAUUCCAAGGGCAAAUGAUGAAAGCACUAUUGUCAAAGUAAGUGGUUUACCCGAGAAAGUGGCAGCAGCUAAGGACAAGAUUGAAGAAUUGACCAAGGAUGACUGGAAAGUCUCUAUCGAUAUUUUGGAAAAAUACCACCCAUUAGUGUCUGAACAUGGUGCUAUUUUCAAAAAGUUAAAAAGCGAUUAUAAAGUUGAAGUGACCCACGGUGAUUUUACCAGAAGAGCCAGUAAAUUAUCCUCAGCAUUAAUCCCUGCUCCUGUAGAAUCAGCAUACCCAGAGAACGAGGAGGAGUUUAAAUUUACAAUUGAAGAACUUGUGCCAGAAAACAGUGAUGAUGACGUUGUUAUCCCUUGGAGAUUGAAGGGAGAUGAGGAAGAUGUUGAAAAAGCGGUUCAAUUGAUCAACAAAAAAUUGGAGUUGGCUAAAUCUGCUACUGCUCAUGCAUGGUUCUAUGCAUCAAAACCGUCAGUGUUUUCAAAAAUCAUUGGACCUCAAGGAUCAAAGGUUAAUAAAUUGCGUUCAAAGACAAAUACAUUCAUUACAAUCCCUAGAGCCAAUGACAAGUUCUCUAAAUUCAUUUACCUCGUUGGUGAUGAGAUUAACUUGAACGAGGCGCAUGAAGAGAUUAAAAAGCUAUUGUAA